AUGCGAGCUCCAUUCAAACUUCCUUGGGGCUUCUCCACUCCCCGCAUUCCCCAACGCCGACCCCAAAUCUCACAACCGCGAGUUGGGCGAGCUAGUGGAGCUGUCCGAGCGAAUGCCACCACCGGAAAGUCUAGUACCAACAGCAGCCAGAGUCAAGAUAGCUCAUCAAGCUCCGAUUCCAAUUCCUCGCCCUUCUGGACACCCACCAAGACCUUGCUCGUCUCCGCAUUCGCUGCGGGGUUGGGCUAUGGUUACGCGACGUACAACCAGAGCCUGCAAGCAACCAAGAAAGUGCAGUAUGGCUCAAUGAAAGACUUCGAGAAGGCCAUCGCCGAAUUGAGAGCCAAAUUCGGCGAAGACGCAAUCUCCACCGACGAAGAUAAUCUCCAGCUGCACGGAUACUCAGAAUGGUCAAGUCUCAACGCAGACCGCCUUCCCGUCGCUGUCGCGUAUCCCACGUCCACUGAACAAGUUUCCGAAAUCGCAAAGGUCUGCCACAAGUACCGCAUGCCCAUGAUCCCUUACUCCGGCGGGUCAAGUCUGGAAGCCAACUUCUCCGCGCCAUACGGCGGUAUGACCAUCGACUUUGCAUUCAUGAACAAGGUCUUGGAGGUUCACGAGGAUGACAUGGACGUCGUGGUACAGCCAUCGAUCGGAUGGAUGGACCUUAACGACCAGAUUAAGAAGACCGGCCUGUUCUUCCCCGUGGAUCCCGGUCCGUCGGCCAUGAUUGGCGGUAUGGUUGGCACAAACUGCAGUGGUACGAAUGCCGUCCGGUACGGUACGAUGAAGGACUGGGUAAUUAACCUCACAGUGGUCCUGGCUGAUGGCCGGGUUAUUAAGACUCGCAGACGCCCGCGCAAGACAUCUGCUGGGUACAAUUUGACUGGCAUGUUCGUCGGAUCUGAGGGAACUUUGGGGAUUGUCACCGAAGCUACCCUCAAACUGACUGGUAUCCCUGAAGACACGCGCGUCGGCGUGGUUGCGUUCCCGAGUAUACGUGAUGCAGCGGCGACUGCGAUGCAGUUGAUCAAGAGAGGUAUUCCUGUGCAAUGUAUGGAAAUUAUGGACGAUGUUCAAAUGGACGUUAUCAACCGAGCUGGUGGCACUGGCCGGACGUGGGCUGUGUCUCCGCAUCUGUUCUUCAAGUUCUCUGGCACGAAGGCCGGGGUCGCAGAUAGUGUCAAUUUGACGACAAAGCUCGCGCAGGGUAAUAAAGCGGAUGCCUUCGAAUUUGCCAAGACCGAGCAGGAGGCUCAUGACUUGUGGUCUGCGAGAAAGCAGUCUCUGUGGAGUAUGAUGGCUCUGCGCAAGGAAGGGUCUGAGGUGUGGUCGACUGACGUUGCUGUUCCCAUCUCUCGAUUGCCCGAUAUUAUCGAAAAAACCAAGGAAGACUUGGAGAGUCUCGGAAUGUUCGCCAGCAUCCUUGGACACAUCGGCGAUGGUAACUUCCACACAAGUAUCAUGUACGACCGCAAAGAUCCGGAGGAGCGUGCACGUGUGGAGAAGGUAGUUUACGAUAUGGUUGACCGUGCUCUUGAUAUGGAGGGCUCAUGCACGGGUGAACACGGUGUCGGCCUAGGCAAGAAAAACUCCCUUAAGAAAGAGCUGGGUCUGGAAACCAUCGAUGUUAUGCGUAGUGUGAAGAAGUCUCUUGAUCCUCACUGGCUAUUGAACCCUGGCAAAAUUUUUGAUUUGGAUGAGGAUUCCUAA